AUGGCAGAGUCAAGACGAACCUCUGACGACAUUAAUGCUAUCCACGAUGAAGUAUUCGGUAGUGGUUACGAUAAGAAGAGACUUCUUGACGAGGCCAUAUUCAAAUACAUUAGUGAUCGUCAAACAUUAGCAAUGAUGGAUGAGUUGAUCGUUAAGCGCGAAAAAUUACAAGAGGAAUCAUUAUUAACGAAUAUGAUUUACAUUAAUGCUAGGAUUCGAGGUUUACAAUCAGAAGCUGCUAGAGGUGCUGCCGCGGAACAAGAAGCAAAUGAAAAUCAUAAAGGUGAUGGUGAAACCAGCAAAGAUGCUGCCGAAAAACCACGAAAGAAUAGCAAGACCGGUAAAACAGAAAAGAGAUUCUCCUUUUCCUUAUCAGAAAAUGCCACAUCAGAAACUUCAUAUGACACUGCCGUUCACAUUUUGCGAAGUUUGGAUUCAUACGAAACUCAAGCAGUAUUGGAAUCCUUCUUUAAAGACAUUGUUGAGGAUUGGUCACGUCAAAUGACACUCGCUCAACAUGAUAAACAAAUCAACGACUUGAAAAAGACAUUAUUGGUCAUGCGAAGUGCUGCAGGGCUUAAAACGGAUGAAUAUGAAAAGAAAAACAAAGGACUCGAAGAAGCUCUUCGACGUGGUGAAAGAACACCAAGCCCAAUAACUUCCGAAAAGAAAGAAUUACAAAUGGAUGGUAUCGAGAAUGACGCUUCAAACACCAUAUCUUAUUUGAUCGUAUAUAUGAUCAAGCUUUAG